GUGGCAUGUAAUCACAUUAUAACAUGGCCUUCAAUGUCUUUGCUAUAAUAAAAUGUUUCAAUCUUAUCAUAAAUGGUGUCCCUAUAGGCACAAUGGCCCUCAUUUAGAUUAAAUUAAUAAUAAUAUCAAAUAGGUAAAACAGGCCAUUAAAAACUAGAAAGCAAAUAUAUGACAGGAAACUGGAAGUGUGGUCGAAAAUUUAGAGUAUCCAUUUUGUGUGAAUUAGUCUUCGGAGCCAGUCUUCGCUGUUGUUGAGGCUUUGAUUAUGUUUUUUGGGGUGUUUAACAAUGGAUGUUCAUGUUUCUAAUUUUAAAAAGCGCUUAAUAUUUCACAUAUUUCAAGUCUGUUGUUCACCGCUUUCCCUCUUCUAACAAAACAACUGGAUUUCUUCCGGUCUAUAUAAAGUCCCUCCUUCCGCAACGCUCUGAUUGGUAAAGCUGACCCAGUUUGUCGUGAUUGGUUCCCCUCUUAGUGUGUGUGUGGGUGCGUGCAGCAAGCUUCCGCUCCUCUGGCUGUUAUGAUUGGUCGGCCCCCCUCUCAGUGCACUUGUAGGCCAUUCAUAAACUUUUAGCAAUAAACAGUAACAAUGGCAUCAACUUCACUUAAUCAGUUAAAAACAUGCGGAUCCAUCGAAGUGUAACAAUGUCUGCUUGUGCAUGUGCAAACGUCAAUCUUUGUCAGAGAUCGCAAUAUUAUUUCCUACUAUGGCGAGGAAAAUGACACCGGACCGAAUGGUGUCAGACUGGUUAUAUUCAUUAACACUGAUAAAAGAACUGAUAAUAGUUUUGCCUUUUUAUAUUGGACCCGAGUUGGAUAAUAAAACAAGGAGACAUUUGCAAGCAGGACUUCAAAGGACGUUUCAUAGAAGUGUUUUAGAGGUGGAAACGAAGAGUCUGACUUUCCCGAACUGCAGACAGCCAGGGAAUGGUCUGAGGAUGAGGAAGGUCCAGAUAUUGAUGAUGAUGAUGAUGCCUGUCACAGCAGCUCUUCCAUGUGGGGCACACCCCGUCAGAACUCUUUCGAGCCUACCUUCUCCUACAUUGCCUUCUCUGACAGUGACUCCUCACCGCGGAGAGACUCAGGGCGGCGCAGGGCCGGAGGGAGGGGCAGCCUUGGUUCGUUGAACCGCACGGACACCACAGAGAGCCAGUUACCUCCGGACUCCCCCACUGUGGAGUGGGACCCUCAUUCCUACCUCCCUGUGGAAGGGGAGGGAGAUGCAGAGAGCUUGGAGAGGACUUUAAAAACGUCUGCACACGUCUGGGUGGAGGAGUUUGAGGAAAAAGACUCGACAAUGUGCAAGGGAUCGGAGGAGAUCUCAGGCAUUCAGACUCGUAGUUUAAAGUACACUCAUCAGGAUGAGUCAUCAACAGAAUCACAGCCUUAUGGGUCGUACCCUUGUGUUGCCAUGGACACCGCAGCCCCCCUGCAGACGGCGGCUCUUGCCAUUGGUCGAAACACUCAGGAACAACAGAUCUGUGACCUGUGCUACUUACCAGAGGGACCAACAGUUUGCUUGGAGAUAGCAGUAAUGGACCUGAUCUACUGGAAUAAUAUGGAGCGCACAGGCAUGGUGUUCACAGGCCUGGUAGUGGGUCUUCUGUCUCUCUUCCAGCUGAGCAUCAUCACUGUGGUGUCCACUCUCUCCCUGGCCAUCAUGUGCUUCACCAUCUCUGUGAGAAUCUAUUACAAACUGCUGCAUGUGCUUCAGCUGGGUGACGGAGUUAACCCCUUCCAGUCGUAUCUAGAGUUGGACAUCAGUUUAAGUGGGGAAGAGGCUCAGCACUACAUGCAAAAGUCUAUUGUGCUGGUCUGCUCUGCUGUGGACUCACUGAGAAAUCUCAUCUUUGUGGGCAACCUGUUCAACUCACUCAAGUUCAUGUUGUUGAUAUACCUGGUGACGUUCCUGGGAGCCCUCUGUAAUGGCCUUACCCUGCUCAUCAUAGGUGUGAUUGGCGUCUUCUCUGUACCUCUGUUCUACACACGACAUCAGGAGAAAGUAGAGAGCUCCUUUGCAGCAGUACAAGCCCAUAUCGACAACAUAAAGGACUUCUUUUGUCGUCUUGCUCAGGGUGGCGGCCCACCCUCUGACCCCACCCCUGGUGGAGCUAAACCCAAAGCCCAUUGAGACGUCAUACAAAGAAGAGGCCACAUGCUGUCAAUCAAAAAUGUCUUAAUUAGCAGUUUGUGCUCAGAGUCACGCCUAGACAGCAGUGGGGGCGGGGCUAAUGAGACACGUGGCGUGGAUAAACGGAGGACCAUGCAAAGAACAAUCUUGGAAACGUUUUGGUAAUGUGAGAAGUUAAAGAAAAGCUGUUUUCAUUUCCACAGUUUAAUGGCAGUAUGGGCGAAUGAUGGUCACACGUCUGGUCUGAUGCUGCUCUAGAGAAACACAGACAAUUGAGAUACUUUAGCAGUCACUACAGAGUUAUCUGAGCUAUAAAGAUGAUGACUUCAGUGAAGUAACAACAAAACCCAGACUGACUUAAGUUUGCCUGCCAAAAACAUUAAACUGGAUACAUUUCCAGUUUCUUUCCCACUUAAAACAAAUCUCAAUGUGUUUGUUUGUUAAAGUACAUAGAGCUAUUAAAAUGACCAUGUUUUUUCUUUCUUCCAAAGUUUGAUAUUAUUUCAUCACUCGGUUACUUUGUCAACACCAAUUCAAAGAAAUCAUUUUGCAGACUCUCAACCUUUCACCAACCUUUCAUUUUUAUAUAGAUGCACCAACUAAUAGUUGAUGUUUUUAGAAAUAACAAAAUAACAUGUUUUAUAUCUGAGGCCGAAAUACAAAAAUAAAGAU